AUGGCGGCAGCUGUAGCACUAAAUGUUUGCCCGGAAUGCGUCGUCUACAGGCAGCAGCUGGAAGCCAAGGAAGCUGAAAUCACGUUUCUGAAAGAGUACGGGGCUGAGCUGGAGCACAAAGUGCAUGAGGUGGGCGAGGAGAAGAAGAGAUUGGAAGGGAUUCUGUGUGAUCGGCUGACGCAGCUCAAUGAUAACAACAUCAAAAUACGGAGUCUCGAGGAGCAGCUGCAAUCAGCGCUCGAUCGUAGCACGCUGGGUGAGCUUUCCCGUGCUGACCUUGAUGGUAUCAUCAGUCGCGAUCUGGACAAUAUCCAUUCACAGCUUGUCCUCAAGGACAGGAAAAUAAUGGAAUUAAAUAACACGAUACUAGAAAAGGAGAGACAUAUUCUUGAUCUGCAAGAAAUGUGCCGUGAGCAGGACGAGCUCGCCAGGGCCAAAACCAAAGCUUUUCAAAUUGUACAGCAAAAGCUACUGGAUUUAACUUCACGAACGACGCGCGAAGAUUCCACUGAAACCGAUACAGCAUAUUUGUUUGAAUCUCCGUCCUCCACAACUUCAUCAUCCACUUCGCCGCAUUAUCAGAAAAUUCGGCGUCAUCAGCGUGAAUCAGCGUCUCCUGGACAUGCCGUGUUAAAUUUCAAGACAGGCAACUCAGGUUCACCGCCACCACUCGAUCCUAGCGAAGAACAGAGCUCGAUAACCUUGGAAACAGCAACCAAUGCAGAUGAAUUCGACGCCGAUGACAGCAACGGCGCUUUUAGUUAUCAGAGAAAAAAGCAGCGUAAAAAAGUAACGUUCGAUUUACCACCGCGAAAGGAGCUCAACAACAACGGUGAGGAAGUGGACGAUAACAUUGCGCAGGCAAUCAUUGAUUUGACCUCCGAGAACGACCAGUUACGACAAACAAUACAGGAAAUGGAAAGAUGUGCAAAUGAGACGCAGAGUCGUCUUAGUCAGGUGAUUUCCCUUUUCCUGUAA